AUGUCUUUGCCUUGGAAGACCUCACAAAGUUCAGUGCCAAUGCCAGAAAUGAUAGUGAAAAUUGUUGGAAGUAAACACUUUCGCUACUUCAUAGAAAAGCCAAUGAUUAAGCAGAAUGAGAAGUUGAAGACAGAACCUCAAACCUCACUCCAGAAACCCAGGACUGAUUAUUCAAGACAGGUGAGCAGAGACCUGCCCGGACCCACUGACUCUUCUGUGCAACAAAUAACUGCUAACCCAGCUGAGAAGGAAGAAAGCACGCACCCAAGAAGCAGCCCAAAACCAGAAAGCAGUCAAGAGUUCUUAACCAGAGUACUCAGUAACAGAUUCUGGGAUGGCAGGAUUUCCUAUGAGGCAAAUGUCCACUGCAGCUCUGUACCAACAGGAGAUCAGUCUCUAUCCUAUAUGCAUACUUUCCCCAGAAGAAAGUCUGUAGGCUGGUGCUUGGAACAUGCAGCAAAGGACAGCUCUGGCCAAGCAGAGGAAAUUUUCCAAAGGCCAAGUAUAACGAAAAGUGAAGAUUCUUUUCUAACCACAUUGGUCAGAAGAGAACUCAACUCACACCCAUUGAGCUCCAAUUUGUUGGACAAACUUCAGAAAGAGCUGAAGACUCUGGACCCCAUCUCCUCAGGCUUUCUUCACCAGUCACAGCUGAGCCGCCUCUUCCUAAGGCAUAAGGUCCCUCUGUCAUUACCAACAGUCAAGUUCCUCUGCCAAAGAUUUUCUAGAAGGUGUUCUCCGGAAAUGGUGAAUUAUGGAGAGCUACUCUGUUUUUUGAAAGAAGCAACUAAAGAUAAUUUACAGCAAAAUGGAACAGCUGAAUAUAGUAACCCAAGGAAAACUCCAAGUCCAAGCUACCAUAAACAAAGAAUUCCACCUCAAGAUUCCAGCUCACUGUCUGAAGUGAACAAGAGCCUGCUAGAGAUCUUGAAGAUGGCACUAAGACCAUGCCAAGGCAAAUUCAGCAUAGACUGCCUUAACCUGAGCUUUCGAAAGGAAGAUCACUCAUUCUCUGGCUGCCUGCCCCUGCCCAAGGUCAUGUCUAUAUGUAGCAAGCAUGGACUGUAUGUAACCAUGACCCUGCUGGAAACACUGCUCCACCACCAAGAAUUGGGUUACCGAGGUGAAAUAAAGUGGAAGAACUUUGUAAAGUGGCUGAACAGGGCUUCUGCCGAUUUGUUAUGUGACAUGCCAGCAGGAAAGAAUAAAAAGGAAACCCAAGGGAACUUGGUUGACAUCCCUGAAAGACCCCAAAGAAAAACUGAACAUGUGAAAACUCCAGAAGAAAAUCUGCAGCGAAUAUACCCUACCACUAUGACUUCAGCACCAGAAGACCCUGUGACCUUUGUUAAGAACAGGCCAGUCUCCCAGCCUGUUGAGCAUCUUUAUGUGAAGGAUGAACAAUCUGAGUUAUGGAUAGACAGGUUCAGAAAGCUGGAAAAUGCCCUUUUCCUGUGUGACCUGAGCAACACAGGAGUGCUGCAGCAGGAGCGAGCCAGGCGCCUCAUUCACAACUACAACCUCAUUUACAACUUGUCUCUGAGUCCCCGGAGAAUCGACCAGGCUUUGCAAAGAUACCGUUCUGGAGAAAACAUAAUUUUGGAGCCAGCACUUCAGUACUUAAAGGAGCUAUAA